AUGGAUGAAUCAAGGACGCACACCUUGGACGAUGACGAGCUCAAGGUCCUGGAACAGACGCUCAGCAAGUUGGCGCAACUCUCUAGUAGCAUCCAGAGCUUGAAGGCGGACCUCAUGAGGAGCAAUCCACUACCACCAGCAUCCUCCCUUCAAGCCUCGACCCAGAUUCUCCAGCGAAACCUUCAAACCGUCCUCGACAGUCUUAACGAGAACUCGGAGCUCUUUAACCGCAUGGCCAUCCAUCCUUCACCAAACUACCCUGGCCGAACCCAAGAAAACGUCCUCACCCAACUACUCCGCAAGAAACUCGAGCCCGAUGUGGAAGAACUCGUUAUUGAGGGUCGGGAAGUUGCCCGCCUCGCCACACCAGAGGGAAUCAACGAUCUUCAGGAUAUCUGGCACGAGCUACGACAGUGGACGAUCGAUCGAGUGACGGCCUACGUCCGCGACGAGGCCAGCGACGUAUACACGGCAGAAGAGCGGGCGGCAGGCGUAGAAAACGUGCGCACGGGUCUACGCAGGGAUCUAGAAGAUGAGGAUGAAGAUGAGGAUGAGGAGGAAGACGACGACGACGGGACGGCCCAGCAAAAAGUAAGGGGCGCUGAGCCAGAGACGCUGCUGUGGUUUGCGGCGAGGGGAGACUUUGAGGUGCCGCGCAACGUCGAGUAUGAGCGGAAGAGGGAUGUGUACAAGGGGCUUCAGGGCAUCAACGCCUCGCCUUUUGAUAUGCCGGCACAAGGAAUGUAG